AGAUGCUGAUCUUCUGGACAGUUGCACUUUUCCUGCUGGGAGCAGCCCAAGGAAAAGAAGUUUGCUAUGAUGACCUCGGGUGCUUUUCUGACACUGAGCCCUGGGCAGGGACCACCAUCAGGCCUCUGAAACUUCUCCCCUGGAGCCCUGAAAAAAUCAAUACUCGCUUUCUACUCUACACCAAUGAGAACCCAGACAACUUCCAGCUUCUUCACAUCUCUGACCCAUCAACCAUCGAGGCCUCCAAUUUUCAAGUGGACAGGAAGACCCGGUUCAUUAUCCAUGGCUUCAUAGACAAGGGAGAGGAGAGCUGGGUGAUAGACAUGUGCAAGAACAUGUUCAAGGUGGAGGAGGUGAACUGCAUCUGUGUGGACUGGAAGAAGGGCUCCCAGACCACCUACACACAGGCUGCCAACAAUGUGCGAGUAGUGGGUGCCCAGGUGGCUCACAUGCUUGACAUCCUGGCGAAAAACUACAGCUACUCACCUUCCAAAGUCCAUCUCAUUGGCCACAGCCUUGGGGCCCAUGUUGCUGGGGAGGCAGGAAGCCGGAUGCCAGGCUUGGGCAGGAUUACCGGGUUGGAUCCUGUAGAAGCAAAUUUUGAAGGCACUCCUGAAGAGGUUCGGCUGGAUCCCUUGGAUGCUGAAUUUGUUGAUGUGAUUCACACAGAUGCAGCUCCCUUGAUUCCAUUCUUGGGUUUUGGAACAAACCAAAUGGUGGGUCACCUUGACUUCUUCCCUAAUGGAGGUGAGAACAUGCCAGGAUGCAAGAAGAAUGCCCUGUCACAGAUUGUGGACCUAGAUGGCAUCUGGUCAGGAACCCGGGACUUUGUGGCUUGCAACCACCUGAGAAGCUACAAAUAUUACCUGGAGAGCAUCCUUAGCCCAGAUGGAUUCACUGCAUACCCCUGUACUUCCUACAGGGCCUUUGAAUCUAACAAGUGCUUUCCUUGUCCAGACCAAGGGUGCCCGCAGAUGGGUCACUAUGCUGAUAAAUUUGCUGGCAAGACAAGUGAAGAGCAACAGAAGUUCUUCUUGAACACAGGGGAUACCAGGAAUUUUACACGCUGGAGAUACGGGGUUUCUGUAACACUGGCUGGAAAAAUGGCCACAGGUCAGGUCAAAGUCGCUCUGUUUGGAAGCAAAGGAAACACUCAUCAAUAUGAUAUCUUCAGGGGGAUAAUUAAGCCAGGCUCUACCCACUCCAAUGAAUUUGAUGCAGAGCUUGAUGUGGGAACAAUUGAGAAAGUGAAGUUUCUUUGGAAUAAUUACAAAAUAAACCCAACCUUGCCGAAAGUGGGUGCAGCCAAGAUCACCGUACAAAAGGGAGAGGAGCAGACUGAGUACCACUUCUGUGGCGAAGACACCGUGAGAGAAGAUGUUCUACUCACUCUCAUGCCCUGUGAAACCCCAGACACAAUGUGAGCCUUUGUUAAAAACCAAUAAAACCCUGUGCUGCAUUUACC